GCGGCAGCAGCACCGCGGGGACGCGGCGGCCGCGGGGACACGGCCCGGCUCCGGGGACACGGCCCGGCUCAGGGCAGCGGGGGUUUGCUACAGCCACACCGGGAGGUGCCAGGGUAAGGGCGGAUCCCAGCCCCGGUGCCCGGCUUCACCCGCGUUCUCCGCCCGCCCGGGCGCCGCUGUGGGCAUGGAGGAGGGACGGCGGCGAGCGCAGCGCUGGGCUUGUGGCUCUGGGGAUCCUCGGCUCUGCCUUGGCGCUGAGGCGUGCUGACCAUGCUGGCCCCGCCCGAGACCCCCGUGCAGCAGGAGCACGCGUAGGGUUUGCUGUGCAGAUCCAUGGAGCCGGACCCCCAUGCCAGCAUGCAGGUGGGGAUGAGGGUUGUGCGUGGAGUGGACUGGAAGUGGGGCAGCCAGGACAGCGGCGAGGGCAACGUGGGCACCGUGGUGGAGAUCGGCCGCACGGGCAGCCCCACCACGCCCGACAAGACCGUGGUGGUGCAGUGGGACCAGGGCAACAGGACCAACUACCGCACGGGCUUCCAGGGCGCCUACGACCUGCUGCUCUACGACAACGCCCAGAUAGGUGUCCGUCACCCCAACAUCAUCUGCGACUGCUGCAAGAAGCACGGCAUCCGCGGCAUGAGGUGGAAGUGCAAGCUGUGCUUCGACUACGACCUGUGCACGCAGUGCUACAUGAACAACAAGCACGACCUGGCGCACGCCUUCGAGCGCUACGAGACCGCGCACUCCCAGCCGGUCCUCGUGAGCCCUCGGCAGAACCUGACUCGCAUCACCCUGAAAGGGACUUUCCAGGGGGCUAAAGUGGUCCGUGGGCCUGACUGGGAGUGGGGCAACCAGGAUGGGGGUGAGGGCAAGACCGGCCGCGUGGUCGAUAUCCGGGGCUGGGACGUGGAGACCGGCCGCAGCGUCGCCAGCGUCACCUGGGCCGACGGAACCACCAACGUCUACAGGGUGGGCCACAAGGGAAAAGUGGACCUCAAAUGUACUGUGGAGGCUUCUGGGGGCUUCUACUACAAGGAGCACCUCCCAAAAUUAGGGAAACCAGCAGAGCUGCAGAGGAAGGAGAGCACAGACAGACACCCCUUCCAGCACGGGGACAAGGUGAAGUGCCUGCUGGACAUCGACAUCCUGCGGGAGAUGCAGGAGGGCCACGGGGGCUGGAAUCCCAAAAUGGCUGAGUUCAUCGGGCAGACGGGGACGGUGCACAGGAUCACGGACAGGGGCGACGUGAGGGUGCAGUUCAACAGUGACACCCGCUGGACCUUCCACCCCGGAGCCCUGACCAAGCUCAACACCUUUUGGGUUGGUGAUGUGGUCCGGGUGAUAGAUGAUAUGGAAACGGUGAAGCGCUUCCAACCUGGUCAUGGGGAGUGGACAGAUGAGAUGGCACCUACCCUGGGGCACAUUGGGAAGGUGAUCAAGGUCUAUGGGGAUGGAGAUCUGCGAGUGUCAGUGGGGGGACAGUCCUGGACCUUCAACCCUGCCUGCCUGACAGCCUACCAGAGGGAGGAGGAGGCCAACCUGAUGACCACAGAGAGUGCCAAGGAGCCCAAAAGUACUUUGGUGACUGUCCUGGAGAAGCUGCUGUCCCAGAGGACAGAGUCAGAGCAUGCAGGGUGCCUGGUCAUUUGUGCAGCCCUCAACAAUGCAGCUAAAAUCCGGGAGCUCCUCCAGAAAUACCCAGACAAGGUGGAUGCCAAGAACCAGGGCAGGACUGCCCUGCAGAUUGCCUCUUACCAGGGGCACCUGGAGGUGGUGAGGGCUCUGCUGCAGGCUCAUGCCAACGUGGACCUGCGAGACGACGAGGGGGACACGGCGCUGCACUACGCAGCCUUUGGAAACCAGGCAGAAGUUGCCCGUGUGCUGCUGGCCAAGGGGGCCAGUGCAGACCUGCUGAACAAUGCCAAGUGCACAGCCCUGUUUGUCGCUGUCAGCCAGGGCUUCACCGAGGUGGUGAGAGCCCUCUGUGAGCUCAACUGUGAUGUCAACCUCCCAGAUUCCCAGGGAGACACCCCCCUGCAUUAUGCCAUCACCCUGGACUACAGAGUGGUGAUUGAGAUCCUCACUGAAGUUCCCAACAUCGAUUUCACUGUCCAGAACUGUCAAGGCUUCAACCUGCUCCACUAUGCUGCCCUGAAAGGCAACAAGCUAGCCAUCAAGAAGAUUCUGGCCAGGGCUCGACAGCUGGUGGACUCCAAAAAGGAAGAUGGAUUCACUGCCCUGCACCUUGCUGCUCUCAACAACCACAUGGAAGUGGCUGAAAUUCUCAUCAAAGAGGGUCGCUGUGAUGUGAACGUGAAGAACAGCAGGAAGCAGAGCCCCCUGCACCUGGCAGUGAUCCAGGGCCACGUGGCCAUGGUGCAGCUGCUGGUGAGCCAGGGCAGCGAUGUCAACGCCGAGGAUGAGGAUGGUGACACCGCCAUGCACAUGGCCCUGGAGCGGCAGCAGCUCUUGGCCCUGGCCCUGGAGAAGAGGGACGGGGAGAUGGGAGCCACCCUCCUGGCCAAGCUGCAGGCCUCUGGCUUCCUGGGGAACGUGGAGCUGAACAUUGGGACUGCCAUCGCCUGCUACCUGGCACAAGAAGGAGCAGACAUUAAUUAUGCAAAUCAUCGGGGAAAAUCUCCUUUGGACCUCACCACGGAUGGGAGGAUUGUCCAGAUCAUCAAAGACUUCUCACAGAAAUUCAGGGAUCGGCAGGUUUGCUCUGAGAGCUCCACCAUCACCUGCAGCCUUCGGCGCGUGCACACCACGCCCAACACCAUCACCAACCUCAGCGUGUCCAGCGCGGCCGCGCCCUCCGAGUGCCUGGUCUGCUCGGAGCUGGCCCUGCUCAUCCACUUCUUCCCCUGCCAGCACAGCAUCGUCUGCGAGGAGUGCUCCAGGAGGAUGAAGAAGUGCAUCAAAUGUCAAGUGACAAUAACCAAAAAGCUGAAACAAGACAGCACGGAGGUGGAGUGCAGCCCCAGCUCGGAGUGCACGGAGCAGAGGAAGCUGAUGGAGGAGCUGCAGAGCCGCUACCGGCAGAUGGAGGAGAGGAUCACCUGCCCCAUCUGCAUCGACGACCAGAUCAAGCUGGUGUUCCAGUGCGGGCACGGCUCCUGCCCGGACUGCAGCACGGCGCUGACCGUGUGCCCCAUCUGCCGCCAGGCCAUCCGCGAGAGGAUCCACAUCUUUGUGUGAGGGAGGAUCUGCAUCUUUGUGUGAGGGAGGAUCCACAUCUUUGUGUGAGGGAGGAUCCACAUCUUUGUGUGAGGGAGGAUCUGCAUCUUUGUGUGAGGGAGGAUCCACAUCUUUGUGUGAGGGAGGAUCCACAUCUUCGUCUGAGGGAGGAUCCGCAUCUUCGUCUGAGGGAGGAUCCGCAUCUUUGUGUGAGGGAGGAUCUUCGUCUGAGGGUCUGCUCCUCCCUGUGCCCCAUCUGCCACCAGGCCAUCCAGGAGAGGAUCCACAUCUUUGUCUGAGGGUCUGCUCCUCCCUCCAUCCUCGAGAGGAUCCACAUCUUUGUCUGAGGGAGGAUCCACAUCUUCAUCUGAGGAUCUGCUCCUCCCUGUGCCCCAUCUGCCUCCAGGCUGUCCGGGAGAGGAUCCACAUCUUUGGAUCCAUGUCUUAGGCUGAGGAUGCUGCUCCUCCCCUGCCCUGACCCUGUGCCCCAUCUGCCCAGGAGAGGAUCCACAUCUUCCUCUGAGGAUGCUGCUCCUCUCUGGCCCUGACUGUGCCCCAUCUGCUGCCAGGCCAUUUGGAGAGGAUCCACAUCUCUGUCCAAGGAUGCUGCUCGUCCCUGUGUCUCAUCUGCCCCGGAGAGGAUCCACAUCUUCGUCUGAGGAUGCUGCUCCUCCCCAGCCCCUGUCCUGCCAUUCUUCCUCCCUCUGCAGGGGUUUGGCUCCCUGGGAGAAGGAGGGAAGCCCAGGAGGGAUGUGCCAGAGGAGGAGGAAGAGGAAGAGGAGUCUCCUCUGGGGUGUCCCUCCCUCACCUGUGCUGCUCAUCCACCAUCAGCACCGGACCGAGCACGCGGCAGAGCUGGGCUGGACAUGGACAGACCCUGGGCUGACCAUGAACAGAUCCUGGGGUGCUCCAGAGCUGAACAGAUCCUGGAAUGUUCCAGGGCAGAACUGAGCAGAUCCUGGGGUGCUCCAGAGCUGAACAGAUCCCUGAGAUGUCCCAGAGCUGAGCUGAAGAGAUUCUGGAAUUCUCCAGAGCUGAGCAGAUCCCUGGAAUGUUCCAGAGCUGAGCAGAUCCUGGGGUGUCCCAGAGCUGAUCCUGGGAUGCUCCAGAACUGAACAUGAACAGAUCCCUGGAAUGUUCCAGGGCAGAGCUGAACAGAUCCUGGGGUGCUCCAGAGCUGAGCAGACCCUGGAAUGUUCCAGAGACACCCAGAAGUGCUCCCAGCUCCCAAGGAGGUCCCUGGGACCAGCUGAGGGGACAGGGACAGGGGGGGUGAUGUCCCCAGAGCCCCCUGGGCAGAGCUGGGUCAGGAGUCCCACAGACAGAGUGUGUGCCUUAGAGAAAAAGUAGUGAACACUGAUUGAGAUUGGAGAAAAUCUGUUACAACAAAUAUUUCUGACCUCUAAGUGACACUCUUCUUCUUCUUCUUCCAUGUUUUAUUUUAUUUCAUUUCUUUUUUGGCAGAGCCGUGUGUUCAGAGACUCCUGAGCUUUCUAUCCAUAAUGCCAAAGGCAGGUGUUCAAUACUCCAAUCAAGGUGUAAAGAAAAUAAACAGUAAUAAUUAAGAUACGAGGGGGAGGAGGACAAAAAAAAAAAAAAAAAGGGAUUUCAUUUUUGUUUCUUUGUUUUGCAGCAAAACUUAAUAAAAUAAAAAUAUAUAUUUUCCUGAGCAUUAAAAAU